AUGGGAAGAGUAGGUAGUCUGGGACCAGACGAAAAGAUCACGAGACGUACUGGAGACGAAAUAUGCCAAACGAAGCUUGCUAUACAGAACGCUUAUCCAGAAGAGAUGAGAUUAUUCUGGAAUAUUUCCCAACAUGAAAACAAGAAUGUUAAACCCGAAAUACCUCCCGUUACCUUUAAUUGUGAGUUGCCACAUGGCAUUGACGUGAAGAGUAUUCGACCGCCUCGUGAACCAAAACUAUGCAAAGAUAAUCCAGCAUGGGAUUUCGGAGAAUAUUGGAAAGGAAGCAGAAAAAAAAAACAAAGAACUAAAUGA